ACUCGUAAUGGUUCUUGGAUUGGAGAUUUAUAUGAUUUAUCUGAACCGGAAGAGGAAGAAGAAGAACUCCAAAAAACAAUACUUUUUGACAUUUUAUUAGAAACAUAUUCAAAAGGGAAGUCAGAAUUAACUCAAUUAUUAGAAGAUGCAACUAUUGAAUCCUCAGCAA